GCUACCUUACGGUCCACGCCUCCCUGCCUCAUCUUCUCCUCUACCUCUUCUUCAUCAGGAACUCGCUGCUGCAGCUUCUCGGUACUUUAUUGCGCCCAGAUUGAAUCCGGGUCGAUUUCGUGCGGCGCCAAUCAAAAAGAGCCCUCCUCACACACUUUGAUCCAGGCGUUUUUGACCCGCCGGCUCUUUCGAUAUCACCUCUCUGCCUGACCAGAACAUUGUGUCCUUUGUGGGGAGAAAAUGACUGCCAAGCAUCGGAGAGGAAAGAACAACCACAGACAUGAAGACAACUUUUUCAAAAACGAUAUCACGGAGACAGAAGUGCGCUCAGGAGCGAAUAAUUACGCUCUUCUCUUGAUUUUAUUCCUCAUGAUUGUAAUUUGCGGCGCUAUUGGCGCAUGGUUUUGUGUCCAGCAGCACCAAACUUUAACCUACUUAACAGACAAUCUCAUGGGGAUGCAGAUGAAAAUAGUGAAGCUUCAGUCCUCCCACGAAGAGCUGCGACAGUCCAAUAGUAAGCCCAUUUCUGAGAGUGUGGAGACCCGCCUGAUUGCCCUGGAGGAGUCUUACGCACUGGCCCAGAAGCAGGUAGGAAUGGCCUUGGCUACGGCUGAACAGCUCAGGACGUCUGACCUCCCCGCUCAGGUGCUGUCGCUCCACACCGAGAUGAAAACCCGCCUGGCAGAGAUGCAGCAAGCCACCGUCUCCCUGGAGCAGCUGAGCCAGCUGCAGAGCAUGCUGAAGGGGAAGAGCGAUGAGUUUGACGGCGUGAGGAUUCAGGUGGAGGGCCUUGCCACUCUGAGCAACGAGCUGUCCGAGAAGGUCGAGGUCUUGACGGGGACCCUGGGAGAGGCGGAGUCGAAGCUGGAGCAGAAAGAGGAACAGGUCGGCACGCUGAGAGCCACCGUGGACGGACAGGCGGCAGAGGUGCUCAGGCUGAAGGAGCAGCUGGUCGCUUACGAGGCCCAGCUGGAGGCCAGCACCCAGGAGAUGGCUGCUGUCAGAGAGCUUCUUGAAAGUGACCAGUCCCAGCGGCUGCAGCAGGCCAGCGUGGAGGAGCAGCUCAAUACGGUACGUCAGAGUCUGCAGGAUCAGAACUCAGCAGCCCACAGUCUGCACUCUGGACUCAGGGCUCAGCUGGAGAACAUACAGAAGCAGGUUACAAAGUUGGCUGAAGAAACUCAGCCUCCCGCCGAGCCAGAGGAACAGACAGAGGAAGAAACUGCUCCAGCAGUUGAUGAAGAGGCUGCUGCAGCACCCGUAGAAGAAGAAGUAAUAGAAGAGAAGGCUCCUGCCGACGAAGCCGCUCCCGCUGACAAAGCCGCUCCCGCUGAUGAAGCCGCUCCUGCUGAUGAAGCCACUCCUUCUGAGGAGAUUGUGGCAGAUGAACAAGAAGAAGAGUCAAAGGCAGAAGCAAAUGAAGGAGCAGAAGCAGCUGCACAUGAAGAAGCUCCCGUCGAGACGGAGGACUCUGUCACAGAUGAAACCGCUCCUUCAGAAGAGGGUGAGGCAGUAACGGAGGAUCAGACAGAGCCAGAAGAGUCAGAUUCUGUAUCAGAAAAAGCAGAAGAAGAUACGAUAGAGACAAAUGAGGAGGAACAAGUUCUAGAAGAGGAGGUGUCUGAAGAAGAGAAAGUUCAGGAAGAGGCAAUACCGGAGGAGGAUGUGUCAGAAGAGGAGGAACAGCAGGAUGUAGCGGCUGAAGAGGACACAGAUGAAGUCGAGGAGCCAUUAGAAACCAAUGAUUUACUAGAGGAGGAAUAGCGCUUUGGAUUUUUCCCACACUUCUCCACCAAGCAAAAUGGGGACUUUCUCAGUCUACGGACUCACUUUACAAUAAGACAAAAUGCUUUAUGGAGGCAUUAUUGAUUGCUCUUGUUUAGGUGCAGCGUUCAUAUGUGGUUGCUCUUUGAAAGGCAGAAGAAAUCGGUCACUACGCUGAUGUCUUUACCUCAAAAUAAAAGCUGGCUGUUAUGUUAGGAUAUGAGUACUUCAGGGCUAACCUGCCAAUAACCUCAGAAGCCUUAAUCCAGAAAAUGUCUUUCCACAGAGCCUUUUCCACUCUUCAUUUAUUUGUAAUAAACUGGAAAAGAAAAAGCCAAGGACAUCACAAUAAGCAAAUACAAACACUGUUUUUCAAUGCACUUGAAGCCAUAAGUAAUGCCUGUUUUGGUGACAUUAAAAUGUUUCUUUUUC